CUCAAUGGGACGUUCGGCUGUAACAAGGGCAGUAGACGGUAGCGCUCACAGAAGUUCGGCGAUAUUACGAGAUCCGCACACAGAGUAAUUCCCGUCAAAGUUAAAGAAAUGGAUUUCCGUCGUAUUCGUUGUUGUUCUUUGUUUUUGUAUGUAUUUAUUAACCACGUGUUUAUUACUCUUCAAUCGAAAGAACAGGUGCUGCUGGAUAUGAAAGCUUCUGGGGGAGAGUUGGGCUGGUUGCCCUGGCCACAUGAAGAAGGGUGGGAGAUAGUUCAGACAGUGGUGAACGGCUCCCUCCUGUACACCUACAGUGUGUGUAACAUCGACGCGGGGGAGCAGGACAACUGGCUCCGAACCACCUUCAUCCAGCGGCGCCCAGGGACCACCCGCGUCUCUGUGGAGCUGCGCUUUGUCAUGCGGGACUGCAACACCUUCGACGGCGCCUCGCUCGCCUGCAAAGAGACCUUCAACCUGCACAUGUCUGAGGCCGAUGCCGACGUGGGCACCAUCUUCCGCAAGGGCCAGUUCCGCAAAGUGGCCACCAUCGCGCCGGACGAAAUCACGCGAGGCCGCGGGGCGCUGAAGGUCAACGUGGAGACACGGGCAGUGGCCCCUCUAUCCAGGAAGGGCUUCUACCUGGCCUUCCAGGACAUGGGAGCGUGCGUGGCACUGCUCUCUGUCAGGGUGUACUACAAGACGUGCCCGUCCACCGUGCAGAGCCUGGCCGCCUUCCCAGAGACGGUGGCGGACGCCCUGAGGGAGGUGGAGGGAACAUGUGUUGAGAACGCAGUGAGCCAGGCCACCCCACGCAUCUACUGCACAGCUGAGGGAGAGUGGGUGGUGCCCGUGGGACAGUGCCAAUGUCGCGCAGGCUACGAAGCUGUUGGAGACUCCUGCCAAGCGUGUACGCCAGGCUCCUUUAAAGCGUCCUUGUUCAGUGAAUCCUGUGAGGUUUGUCCGGAGAAUACUGAGCCAUCUACAGCUGGCGCCUCCCUGUGUCCAUGUACGGAGGGAUUCUACCGCUCCCCAUCAGACCCUCUCACGUCAGCCUGCUCUGCCCCGCCCAGCGCCCCUCGUGACCUGGCCUCCACCACUCUGUCAGCGGACGGCAGGCUGCAGCUGUCCUGGAGCCCGCCGUUGGUGACAGGAGGCCGCCGGGACAUUUGCUACAGCGUGGUGUGCGAGCGCUGCGCCGGGGCCCUGUGUGUGCCCUGUGGGGACAAGGUCCGCUUUCAGCCCGACCCCAUGGACCUCCAGGACACCGUGGUGACAGUCAGCGAGCUGGAGCCCCAUCUCAACUACACGUUCACUGUAGAGGCCCGCAGCGGAGUGUCUCAGUACAGCAGCCAGAGACCCAGCAGCACCAUCACCACCGCUCUGCACUUCACUGAUCCCCCCAAGGUGACGUCCAUCCGCCUGGACGAGCGGACCACCACCAGUCUGUCUCUGUCCUGGGCUCUGUCCCGCCGAGCACCAUCCCACGUCAACCACCGCUAUGAACUCAUGUACCGCAGGAAGGAGGACGACAGUGAGCGUGAUGUCACCACAUACACAGUCCUGGUUCUUGAGAAGAGUUCGGUGCAGAUCAGUGACCUCUCCCCUGGCACGGCCUACAUGUUCAGAGUCCAGGCUCUCAGCCCAGAGGGGAAACAAGGGAGUUACAGCAUGGAGCAUGAGUUCAAGACCCUGCCCAUGGCGGAGUCUCAGAUCCAGAGCAACUCCACGGUGGUCAUGGGAGCUGUAGUAGGAGGAGGAAUCAUGCUGCUGGUUGUUGUAGUCGUUCUACUACUACACAAACGGAAACUGAACUUCCGUCACCGACAGCGAUCAGAGGACCCCUACUUCUCCAGUUCAGAUCAACUGAAGCCCCUGAAGACCUACGUUGACCCACACACGUACGAGGACCCCAACACGGCUAUCCUGAAGUUUGCCAGCGAGAUUAAUCCCAGUCUGGUCACGAAGCAAAAAGUCAUUGGAGCCGGUGAGUUCGGUGAGGUGUACCGCGGUCUGAUGAAGGCUCCAGGGAGAGGAGAGGUGGCGGUGGCCAUCAAGACGUUGAAGCCAGGCUACACAGAGAAGCAGAGACAGGACUUCCUAAGUGAAGCCAGCAUCAUGGGCCAGUUCUCCCACCAGAACAUAAUUCGCCUGGAGGGAGUCGUCACCAAGUCAGUCAAGCAUGCCAUGAUUGUGACGGAAUACAUGGAGAAUGGGGCACUUGACAACUAUCUAAAGGACCACGAUGGGGAGAUUUCCUCGUACCAGCUGGUGGGCAUGCUGCGUGGCAUCGCGGCGGGCAUGAAGUACCUCUCUGACAUGAGCUACGUGCACCGAGACCUGGCUGCCCGCAACGUUCUGGUCAACAGCAACCUGGAGUGCAAAGUGUCUGACUUCGGCCUGUCCCGCGUGCUGGAAGACGAUCCCGAGGGCACCUACACCACCAGCGGAGGGAAGAUCCCCAUCCGCUGGACCGCCCCUGAGGCCAUCGCCUACAGGAAGUUCACCUCGGCCAGCGACGUAUGGAGCUUCGGCAUCGUCAUGUGGGAAGUCAUGGCCUUCGGAGAGCGACCCUACUGGGACAUGAGUAACCAUGAGGUGAUGAAGGCAAUUAACGAGGCCUUCCGGCUGCCUGCGCCCAUGGACUGUCCAUCCACCGUUUACCAGCUAAUGCUGCAGUGUUGGCUCCAGGAUCGCUCCAAACGACCCCGGUUCCCUGACAUCGUUAACAUCCUGGACAAACUGCUCCGGAGCCCAGAGUCUCUGAAAACCAUCGCUGACUUUGAUCCCCGUGUGUCCAUCCGCCUCCCCAGCACCAGUGGCUGUGACGGCUCCCCCUUCAGGUCUGUGCCGGAAUGGCUGGAGUCCAUCAAGAUGAGCCAGUACACUGAGAGCUUUGCCUGCGCUGGAAUCACAACCAUGGAGCAGGUGCUGGCCAUGAAGCAUGACGACAUCAGGAACAUUGGCGUGAGGUUACCAGGUCACAUGAAGAGAAUCGCCUACAGCAUCCUUGGACUUAAAGACCAGACCAGCUCACUUAGUGCUUGCAGUACAGUGUUUGCCGUGUGAGACCCCCCCCCCCCCAGCCUGAGAUUCCCCAGAAUAGGACUGCACUGAACAUCUCAUUUCACUGUCACACUUAAUGGAGCAAGAUGGGUUGAGCAUGGUUGUACUAAUGUCAGAACUGCGCUGCUUUAGACUGAUCAGCGGCAUGAUUGAAGAGGACCCCGCCAGCCAGCCAAUCAGAAAUGGCAGACGUGUGAAAACGUCAAAGUACCCCAUGACAAGAGACACUGAGAGAUGUGGUUACAGGUUACAGAAAAAGUCAUGUAUCAAGAACGUUUUAUAUUAUCAAGUGUGGAUAUACUGUAUAAUGGCAGAUAGGAAACCACAGCCUUUUGAAAUGGCCGUGUGAUGACUCGGGAACAGGAAGGAUGGCCCCACUUUGUAUUUUUCUCUGAACUCGAAGUCUGACAAACGAGAGAUAUUCAAGCGAAGGCAUUCCAGGACCAGGGCUCCCUCCUCCUCAAGCACUCACUUAUUCCACCAGUGACUUCUGGACUCUUAUUAGUUUUUUUUAUAAAGAUUUGAGGCUCUGAAAUAACAGAUGGAUAGAUGAGAAUGCCUGUCUACUCAAAAUGACAGGUUUAUUGGUCUUCGGAAUAUUUCCGCUCAGGGCAAGAGAUCAGAUACUCUUUAUCUUUUCCGUUUGAUUUUAUAGGUUCCAUUCCGACUGCAAUCCACCUCAUAUACUUUUCUCCUACAUUUUGAAAUAGUUUUUUUCAUUUUUCAUUCAUUUCUCUAGUUUACAGUUUGCCUCCAUCUAGUCUUAUAGUGGUUCUUCCAUUAUUAUUUAAUAUUUAUUGUAUUUUGUAUUUAUUAUAUUUGUUUAAUUAAAAAGACACUGAUCUGGCACAUAUUUGUAAAUAUGUAUUUUUCAGUCCAACAACAUCAGCGUUGCCUUGGGACUGAAUUGCUUGUCUGAAUUCAAUCAACUAGCAGAAAAUACAUUUUGGUACAUGAAACACAUUAAAAAGAGGCAAGAAUGUUUGAUUGAAAUAGAUGAAUUGAAAUGGAGUUUUCCUUGACACCCACCCUCCAAAUCAAAGUUGGUUGUGUCCACAGUUUACCAGAUGUUAUAGCAGGUGCAGUGCAAUGCUUGUUUGACUAGCUCCUAACAGUGCAGUAAAACGUCAAACAAGCACAGAACUAAAAUCAAGAAAUGUCAGAAUGAAUCCAAUUAACAACCCAAAUAACACAGUUAGCUAAUACGGUUGUCGAAGCAGAGUCUGCUUCGAUGUCAAUUGGUGACUGUACCAUGGUAGUCUGAAAUGUCACAUCUCCACUCUACUGUACUUCAUCAAAUAUGCAUCACGAGCUACUGAGCCCCUGCUACAUUCCCUGUAUCUGGGACUUCGCGUUCAUUCCUCUUCAAUGAACAAUUGACUCAUCAUUUUGAGUUGGACAGCAAUUACAGAACGUUUCUAAAUGUAAUGCUUAGUAUUAACACAUAGUGUGUUUAUCCAUUUCAAUGUUUCACAUCCACCAUGUUUAUUUUGCAUGAAUCUACAGUGGGGCAAAAAAGUAUUU